UGCCCAUAUCACUUGAUCCGUGACACUGGAGAACAUUCGCCUCCAACAUCUUCAGCAUUCUCCAAAUCCCAAUGUUGACAUACCGACAGCCUCUUACACUGUUCAUAAUUACCAUUUUUAGCGAAAGGGCGAGUAGGGAUGGUGGCAAGGAAUGGAUCUGGCUGCCAGGAAUGCCGCGACAGACAUGUGAAGUGUGACAAGAUCGAACCAGUCUGUGGUAGAUGUGCUUCCACAGGCAAGACAUGCACUCGAGGACUGGUAUUCAAACGUCAGAAAAAGGAAUUUUCCCAUGACCGUGAUUGGUUCGCGUUGAAGUCAGCCAAUGAGUAUCAAUGGAUCGAUGAAAGCAAGAAUCGCAUGGACGAUACCGGUGAUUCUGCUUCGGAAGAUAAAGAUGGAGAUGGGAGUACCAAUGGACAUCCUGGCAGCCUUUCUCCUAAAGAUACGCAUAUGCGCCACAAGGCACAAGUCCCCUCGCCCGUUUCCACUUUAGCAAUCAGUCCUCACCAUAGCGAGCACGCGCAAUCUCCAUGGCCAGCUAACCUCGGUGGAACACCCGAGACUGUUUUCCAUACUCCUCCACAUCGGCCUGUAGAGCCUAACUUUUCUCAUGCUCACCAUGUAUUUUUACCACCCGACAUCCCGCCACUAAGAGAUCCUUCCAGAUUCAACACGAACCAACCUCCUAUCCUCCGGACCGACGACUCGGUGUGGCCUCUCAAAGAUGCCACGGAAGCCCGUUUGUUUCGGCACUAUGUUCAAGAUCUUGCAAAAUGGCUGGACCUGUGCGAUCCAAAUCAACACUUCCAAGUCGAGGUUCCAAAACGUGCACCAAAAUACCCCGUUCUGCUGAAGGCCAUCCUCGCCUUAUCAGCAAGACAGUUGAUGCUCACAAACCGAGCCAGCGAAUCCAACGAGAUCGCGGCACGGCAGUACUAUGACCAAUGUAUCAAACUGCUGAUUCCCAUGCUCGACAACGUCAUCACCAGAGCAGACGAGACUUUAUUCGCAGCGCUCAUUAUCCUUCGAGUGUUGGAAGAGAUCGACCUGCUCGAGACUGGCUCCCAAGACACCAAACACAUUCAAGGAAUCCAAAGUUUCGUUCGCGAGCACGGCCCAAAUGUCAUGCAAGGUGGGCUAAGCGAAGCAGCCUUCUGGGUUGGUCUACGGCAGGAGAUCUACGUCGCUACAAUCACACACAGAGCUGUUCAGAUUGAUAUUGGCCACAUUGAUCGAACUGUCGACCCCAUCACAGAUUUCGGCUGGGCAAAUCGAGCCGUGGUGCAUCUCGCAGAUGUUUUAAAUUGCUGCUUCGGAGUGAGGGGAGUCCACCCCGUCCACUGGUCAAGACUCCAGGCCGAAAGCCAUCGCUGGCAACGUGACAAGCCGGAUUCUUUUACUCCUUAUUACCAGAGACCGGCAGAUCGCAGCAAAGGAGAAGCUUUCCCAGAGAUCUUGCACAUCCAUCCGUGUCACAUAAUCGGAAUCCAACACCACAAACUCGCACAAAUCCUCCUCUCGAUAUACAACCCCAGACGACCUCGCAUAGGGAAAGACCGCCAAGAAGCCGAACAAGCCAUGGUCACCGGAAUAAAAGACAACCUCCGCGAACUCUGCGGUAUCGGGCUCCACAACCGGUCCACUCCCCCCGGAAUGUUCACAGCCUGUAUGGGCAUCGCACUUUGUGGUGAUCGUUUUAGAGAUAGACUAGAGCAAGAAGCAUUACUUGAAUUACUGAUUGAAACCCAGAAGGAUCACGCGAGGCCAACGGCGGCGAUACAGAUGCAGAUGAAGUCCAAUUGGGGGUGGUCAGAGUAUGCUGUCACGUGAGAGAGGCGCUUGACGCCGACCUCACCUUGCUCAGUAUAUCCUCCCCGCUCGCUCAGUGGGCUAAGCACUGUCCGAAUUUCUGCCAAAAACCCAGAGAUUGUUUAUACCGGGUGUUGUUUUUGUUUUUGAGGAGUUUCGGACGGUAUGAUGUGUAAGGUAAGGCCGACCUGGAUUGGGAAAAAGGAACACGGCGUUUAGACUGGUGAUUGUACAAGCUUUGGCUCCAACUGUGCGAUUAAAAAUUACCUGGAAGGAUUAUAGGGGUCUUGAGGCUCCAGAGCUGCAACACCAGACAUCACUUCAAUCAGUACGGCUCGGUAUAUAUCACGUGACAGAAAGUCUCAGAACGAGAGGAUGUCUUGCCAUCCGGAACAGUUAAGGACGUGUCUGACUACCGUGGCUUUUACGCCCCCUGACAAUCUAUUGUCCACUGUUUUGGUGUCUUACACCAUUCGAGAAACCUCAAGCCUAUGCUUACGUGUGUACCGAACAUCUGGAAAGGCAAGGCGGAUUAAAACUUCAACACAUCCACAAGAAGCUCUUUCCUUAGAUCGGAUCGCGAUAAGUACAUGGCUCAUCGUGUUUCAUAUAUCCUAAUAAUCGACAAAAGCUCUAGAGACUUCAGAAAACACCAUCAGAUCUCAAAUGCCGAACUCCAAACUCCAAACUCCAAGCACCACCUUCAAACAGGUAUCUACCUUAUGUAUCGUACCAGCAAACAACCCAGACUCCACCACACCACGCCAUACCAUCCAAGUCAACCAAAUCAACAGCUAAGAUCCAAACACUCCAAGAAAAACGAAUCUUCCACCGCCUGCACCGGCCACCCCAUCAACCCCCUCCACUCCUCCCCCACCACCCCCUCAAUCCCCCUCACCUCCCUAACCCCCGUCUCCCCAAUCCACCAAAUAUCCCUAAAAUCCGCCAAAAACGCAAAGAAAUGCGCCAGCACCACCAACGCCCUGGGUCUCUGCUCCUUCACCAAGAAAAUGAACUCGCUCUGCACCAUCGUAGGGAACAGCACCAAGCGGCGAAAGAUCGACGCAGGAGGCUCCUGGGCCGCGAUGGCGAGCUGCACGGAUCCGAUGUAGCUCAGUGUACUUUCAUAGGCUUCUUCGAUGCGGGCGUUCCAGGGCUCGGUGAGGAUGUCGUUGGGUGUGCGGCGGAGGAGGUGGAGGAGGUCUUGACGGUUGGAGGGGUGGAAGACGCUGGUUUCUUCGCGGAGGAAACCGCCUGGCUUCAUGCCUGGGGCGGAGCGGAUCAUGGAGCGCAUGAUGGAGUUGGGGUCGUUGGCGAUGUACUUCCAGGCUUCGACGUUGAGGCCGCGACCUGUCGUGCUCGACAUCUGGAGCCACUCUGUGGGAGGCGUGUAGGGUGUUAGAGGCCGCUCUUGGAGGAGGGCGAAGGUGCAGACUCGGAGGCAGGAGGAAGUUAUGCAGGCUGCGUCGGCGUUGGAGCGGCUGAGUUGGCCGACUUCGUCGCGGUGGGAGCGGAGGGUUAGACCAAGGUAUUUUUGGUAGGUGGAUAUGUGGGAGGGGUCGUUGGGUUCGAGUUUGGCGAUGUGAAGUGCUGCUAGAGUGUAUAUUGAGUAUAAGAGAGAGUUGUGUUGGAAUGCCAGAUGGGGAAUAGCGAUCCCCCAUUCAUGUUGUUGUCUGUGGUCAUCGGGGAAGUUCAAUGUCAUGCAAGUGAAAGCCAUGUACUGGUGGAGGAGUCUGAGUUCGGUCAAGCGUCGUUGACUGCACUCAGAGGGUUCAUCGCUUUCUGUAGAUUCCGGUUCUUGUUGCGAAUGGACUUUGGGUCUUAUCUCGUAUGUUUUUGGCUUGGUGUUUUGCGAUUGUGCUGGUGUCCCUUGACGGCCCCAUACACAAGUUGUCUUGUGUCUCGCACAACUUCCACAUGUGGGAUGAACUUCAUUACACUGUCCAUCGUCAGUACGGAGAUUUUGAAAAGAAAAAUGCUUGAAAUUUCAAGCUUGUCUUUGGAUUUUGAUCCAAUUUUUUUUUGGCUCGGGGAAGCGAAGAAUGAGAAACGUUGGACAUGGUGCAGUGCUUCUGGAGAAAUCUCCGAGACGAGAUGUUCAAAAAAAUUACACCCAUGAGCGAAAGCGAGCCACAUACCUUAACCCGUCUCGCCCUACAUUGCUGGCAGCCCGUCCUACUUUUCUUAUGGUGCAGCCUGGGGGCCGUUUUGCGAACAUCCUUCUCUGCCCCCGGAGUCCAACCAACAAACAUAGCAUCUACUUCCGGAGUUUUAGAGCUUCCACUGCGAGACAUCUUGGGAGAUGGAGUAUGUUUUUGAGGCAUCGUGACUUGAAAGGUAGUAAGACGAGCACGAGGAACAAUCGUUUAUAGAUCAAUUCCUAGUUCCUAUCAAG